GAAGAAUUUUAUUUCAUGAAAUCGUUUCGGAAUAUAUGAGAUUUUGGCUUUAAAGACUAUUUGCGAAGAACUAAAUAUGGAAUUUGAGAAAUGCAUGUUUAGUACCCAAAAAUUUUCAGUAUUCAUGUUAUUAUGGCAACUAACGCAGAAAUACAAUAAAUUCAACAAUCUGUGCAUUGAUCAGCUGCAAAAACUGAAUGAUGUAGAAAGUAAGAUGGACAGCCUUCUGCAAACCGAUAUAUUUAUAUGUGAAGAUUAUCCGUUAAGUCUCGUAGAGGUUGAACUCCUUUCAAACGAAGUGAAGGAUAUCAAAUAUCAAUACGGUGAAAGCAAGAAAAGCGUUGAGUCAAAAAUGAAGAGUGUUAUUGAAGAAUCUAAGAAAUUAGUAAUUGAAUUAGUAGAAAAGAAAAAGCAACUGAUGUUCAGAUAUAAUAAAAUACUCAUGCAUUUUAAACGCAAUACAAUCCCUAGCGGUAAUGUCAAUUCGGAUCAACAUUGUGUGGGACCAAUAGUUGCAUUUCAAAAAAAAUUUCACAACGUAGUGAGAAGUAUCCAUGGUAAUGAAAAAUGGUUAAAUCAAUUUUUUAUGAUUUUGAGCAUAAAUGGAUUGGAUCUUAUUACUGCUACGGGAUACUUACCACCUUGGCUCAAUUCGGUUCACGGAACAGUGGAUAUAGAAGCUUUUAUAAAUGCAGACUUAGAGGCAACAUACAUUUUCGGUGAGCUGUUAGUUCUUAAUGGUGGCAAAAACUAUAAGAGCAACUUUGGUGAUGAUGCUGAAGAUUCAGCAAAUGUCUAGUAAUAUAGC